GGUACAUGUACGUUCUAACCCCAGAGGCUCAGUUACCUGUUGUCAGUGUUGACUGUUGUCUCUGGCUCGAUCUCACUUUCACGGAGAAGUACGUGGACGUCAUAUCACCACCGCUUCGUCCUGCCUUGGUGUUUGCUGCAGCUGAGGGUUGUCGAGAGUCUUCCUCUUGCUCCACUGAGCCUGUAGUGUGCUGUAGCGGUGUAGGCUGUAGGCGGUCGUAUGUCCUGUGGACGAGACCGGGCAUAGCCACACAUCUGUCCCGAGUUGUGCCGAGGCGUUCACUAGAGCCUUCACCCCGCCUCCCCCGCCGCCAUCCACGUUGUGACGGUCUCAGAAGAAUAUUACUAGUUUGCUGGGCGUGCCUUGCAAUAGAGAUUGUCUGUGCCUGCCGACAUGGAGAAUCACGAACCGUCGAACGACUCCGGCAUCAGUGACGAAGAGGAUGCGGCUCAAGUCAACCAGGCAAUACAGGCCAAACAAGCCGGUAAGCGUGAAGCCACCGUUCAGUUGGAUCAUGGUGCGCGCCGCGUGACUGUUCGUGCCCUGGCCUUCGCCUGCGACGGUGACCUGCUCGUGAGCGGCGAUGGCGACGGUCGUGUUCGGGUGUGGAACUCAAACUCCGCACAACUCCACUACACGCAGCACAAACAUGACGGCGCCAUUACAUCAGUGACCUCGGCUGUUGGUGGCGACGCGCGCGAUCUGGCCGCGUCCUGCGGUGCCGAUGCGAAAGUUCACGUGUGGGAGGUGCGCUCCAAUCUGAGCUUGUUCUUUCUGAGCACGCACACUGCCACGGUGUGGAAAGCGGUGUUCGCGCCUCGCGGUGCUGUUCAGCUGGCAACAUGCUCUGCGGAUCACACUGCUCGCGUGUGGGAGACCCGCAGUGGACGGGCGACGUGCAUUCUGAAAGGCCACCAAGCCGGCGUGGUGGGCAUUGCGUGGUCGCCGGACGGCAGUAGGAACAUCGCCACUUGCUCGUGGGAUCGCACAGCGCGCGUCUGGAACGGCCUGACCGGACGGUGCCUGCACGUUCUGUCGGCACACCACGACUGGGUGACGGCCGUUGCGUACAAUGGCGACGGAACGGCCUUGGCUACUUGUUCCAAUGACUGCACUGUGCGUGUGUGGAGCCCCCUGUCCGGCAAGCAGGUGCUUGUCCUGCAGGACCAUGCCAGCGACGUGAACAUGAUCGUCUUCAACAACUCACUGCUGGCAUCAGCCAGUCGCGACCGCACCGUGCGAUUGGUCGACCUGCAGAAGCAGUCCACACGCUCCACUCUCACCAGUCACCGUGACAACAUACCGUUCAUCGGGUUCGUUCCGGUUGCCGCGACAACUCGGCAGCGCACCCCGUCGUACACGGCGAACUCUCACGACGCCAUACUCGUAACGUGCUGUGACGAUGGCACCGUUCGCUUGUGGGACACACGCACCUCCGACGUCCUGGAGAUUCUUACCGGCCUGGAGGAGCCCGUGGUGGCCUGGGACGCUACGGAAGGCUGCCGGGUGGUGGCCGCGGCCUCGCGAGACGGUAAAGUCUGCAUGUGGAACAGAGGUGGGGAGAAAUCACGUGGCAAAUGCGCCAUCCUAUGAGCAGGUCUCCAUUGCGUGUGACACUGGCAGUUGAUUCGGACUGUAAGCUCACCAGUCUGCGUUUCGUUUGCUGAGACUACAAGGGCCAUAGGGGAUACAGUAUCACUCAGCAGUGCUGUGACGUCACAGGAAAUUACAUAAGUUAUAUUUAUGCUUCGAAGUAGGAGAACACAAUCAUGUUGUUCUGGUGUGAACCUCUUCAGAUGUUAUUGACCAAUCAUAGGCCAUAUACAUGUACUUGUACAUGGCUCAGUCUAACCCCCGCCCCAACACCUCUCCAACUCGUCCCACGUCCAGACUUGAAGCCCAUUCGUAGUAUCUGGCGGUGCAGCCUUUCCUGCCAACGGCCGCUCACAGUGGAUCUCUAGUCGCCGCAGUGCACUGUUCUGUAUCUCCAUGGCCUGACUGGGAUCUAGCAAUGCCUAUUGUACGUUAUUAUAAUAUUUUUGCAUUCUGUAGUGGAGGUAGAAAUCCGGUGCCGGGAUGCCCGGGGUCGGCGCCCUUACUUGCUUAGCGCGUACAUGUACUGUACCCCAUGUAAAAAAACUGGACCUGCAGUGCGUACGGCUGCAAGGCCAGCGCCCCGUGCCCGCUUGACUUCUCAACAGAAUCUGAUGUCAAUGUCUGCAACAGCACAAUGUACAUGCGCGGAAUGACUGUAUAGUUUUGCUGUGAGUACACUUGACCACAUUGCUGUACCCGAUGAUUUCCUUUAUCCGCACAAUUGUUUAGUCUCUAGUCUCUACAGUACAGGCAACCUUAGAUCAUCAUUCAUCAUUCCUAAGAAAACAUGUAGUGGCAAUACCGCCACACUCAAAUACAGCUUUCUUUCAGUUUCUAAAGUUUUCAAUGUACAGAAUAAAAUAUGUAGGCGAUAGUCAUCCUUCAUGGUGCAUGCACUUUUGUCUUGGUCAUCAAUUUUUUUCACAUCGACCAGCUUGUGGCGCCGCGUGAACAACUGA